UUUAGUUUUUAAUUUUUUUUUUCUGUGUUUUUCCUGUUGCUCUGUUGAAACACCACUCAGAAAAGCCUAGACAGAGAAAGAGGAGAGAGAAAGUUUAGAGGGAGAAAGAAGAAGAACAAACACAGAAAACAAAAAAAAAAACAAAAAAAAAUCAAAAAUUAAAGCCGCAUUUGUUAAGAAUAAACACUUAAUUUUCAUUUUUCCUAAUAAAUUUCAUUAGAAAUAUAUUUGAUUGAUGAUUUUGGGUCAAUAAAUUUCUGGGGUUUGGAGGAGUUUGAUUAACUUUUCUGGGCUUUCUUGAUAUAUUCGGAAUUGAUUGAUUGAUUAAUUGUUCUUUUUGGUUACAUUUUUAGGGUUUUUUUUCUUAUUUUUUUGUUUACUAGGUAGAAGAAGGAAUUGUGGCUUAUAAUGGUAGUUCUGAGGGAUUUGCUUCAUGGGUUUUUCUGGGUUUUGGAUUUCCGAAGUGGGUUUCUGAAAUCUCUUUGGAUUGAUUGAGAACAAUAAAGCAAUUCUCUUUUUUCUGGGGAAUUUAAUUUUAGGGUUUUUUUUUUUAUUUAAUAUUUUUUUUUGAAGUUUUGAAAUUAAUUUUAGCUGCUUGAAUUUAGAUGGUAUUUUAGGUGUUAUUAGGUUGAGUUGGGUGUUCUUUCUUUCUCUCUCCUGUUUUUGUCUGUUCUUGAGGAGGGGUUUGUGAAGAUGAGAGACAUUGAGCUUGAAGAAGGAGAAGCUUAUUUGUUUCAAGAUGAUUAUGAUGAUGAUGAAAACAUUGAUCCUGACAAAGAUUUCUCUUACAUUGACAGGAAGCUUGAAGAUAUCUUGGGACAUCACCAGAAGGAGUUUAUGGGUGGGGUCUCAGCAGAGAACCUGGGUGCAAGAUUUGGGGGCUAUGGAUCAUUCUUGCCAAUGCAACAGCGUUCCCCUCCUAUUUUGCCUAAUCAGAGAAGCCAGAACCAUGUUAAUUCUAAGUCUCCCCAAGAUAUAUCAUCAGAGCAUUUCCAUCAUAACCCAACAACUACUUCUAAGAAUUCACUGCCAAUAAGAUCUAUACCUUCCUCAGGUGACCAGACUGAGGAAGCAAUGUCUGAAUCAGGAACUUCCUUGAUGAACAAUCAAUCCAAAUUUCAAAGUUCUGGAGAGGUCGCUUCUAACAACCAAACAAAAAAACCGUUGAAGGAUGUUUCCAAAAAUACCUCCCUGAAGUUUCGAGUCAAGAUGGCAUCUGAGACUCUUUCAUCUCUGGACAAAUCUGCUAUCUACAGUGGCCUAGGUCUUGAUAUGUCCCCUUCUUCCUCUCCUGAGGGUAGCCCCUCAGAGAAUGAUAGGAUAUCAACUGGCUUGCAAGAAAUGAAUUUGGAAUCUCCUUCCUUCAUUCUCCAGAUUAUGACGACUUUACCUAUCCCGGAGAAAGACAUGCUUUCACCUCUUCCUGAUAACCUUGUUAGUUUAAGGGGUAUUGAGAGCAAUCUUAAUACUGGUUCACUAGGGACUGGGGAAGUAGAUCCUGCCAAUGUUUCUCAUGAAAGCAUGAUCUCAAAGGGAAAGAAAGAAGCAAGGAAGGAGAGAAAAGCAAAGGUGAAGGACACAAGUAAGGUCAAGAAAUCAAAGCACAAGGGAGCAAGUGAGGAGAAGAAAUCAAAGCAAAAAAUUUCUAGUCUGAAACCUGUAGAAUUGAUGGAGAGUUGUGAAUAUCCUGCAAAUUUUGGUACCUUGAAUGCUACUAGAAGGGAUGAUAAUGGAGCAUCAACAGACAAGGAGGUUGCCUUCUAUGCCUCCAUUAAUGCAGUUGCUGCUUAUUCUGAAGAGAAUGAACGUGAUUCUUUGAUGAGCAAGAGCAUCAGCUCAAAGCGUUCUACUGUGUUCAAUAAGAGAACUGAAGUUGGGUGUUUGGGUGAGGACAUUGGCAACCCAAUGAAACCGUUCCGUGUAGCUAGGCCUAAGGCAAAAGAGGAACCUGAUUCAGCACAAAUGAAUGAAGUGAUGGAGGAUGAUGUGAAUGCUAUUACCUUAAGAGGGGAGAUGAAGAAGGAAAAAAAUCUAAAUUUUGUUCAGAGGAAUGAAUCCAUUACAGAGAAGAGGGAUGAAGUUGGAUGGAGAGAUGAUGAGGUGAAGAAGUUCUCCAAACAAAAUUACAUUUUGAAGGAUAAAGUGAAAGAGGAAGUGCUUGAUUUAGCACAACCCAAGGACAAAAAUGUCAUAUUGAUUUCGAAAGCUGAAUCUAUUACAGAAAAGAGGAGUGAAGCUCGAAGAGAGAAUGAGGUGAAUAAGUUUCUAAAACAACAGAGCAUGGCAUUGGACAAAGUAAAAGACGAAGUUCCAAAUUCAGUAUGCUCUAUUGAGGCUGGUGUGUAUAGCAAGGAAAAUGGAAUUGUGGAGGUAUGUUUUCUUUCUAUGAAAGAUGAAGGAAAUGGUAAGUACAGUGAUGUUUCUCAGGAGAUGAAAUACGAUAAUGCGGUUGAAUCUUUGAAGCAAAAGUCACGUUUCAGGGAAAUGACUCACUUGCCGACAGAGCAAGUAUUGCUUAGUGAAAAGGAAAAUCCGUCUUCUGUGGUCAAGAAAAAAUUACAGGAUGGACAGAUUGGUGGGGUCUCUGCCACUGAGGCACCAAGAAGCUCAAUUAUUAGCUCUUCAGCAUCAAAAAAUGAGGCAGUCAUUUUUAAAAACAACAUUCCUUCUAAAAGUAAAAAGGGUGGCACUGAUUUAUGUAAGGAUACGAGAAAUAAUACUGAGGUUGUUGAUAAGGCAAAUCGAAGGAAAAAAGGAAAAGAGCUGAACUCAAAGGAAUUAGUGAUGGAAAUUUCAGAACAAGGGCCACAAGCUCCCACAACAAAGCUGAAGGACAAGUCUAGCAGUAAUAAAACUAGUUCUGCUGCUAUUGGUGGACCUAAUUUGGGAGAUCUCCAUGGUGUUAACUACAUGACAGAAAAGGUUUCUGUUGGGGAUGUGCCGCCAGUAGAGAAUCCUCCAGUGAUGACAUUGGAAGAUUGGGUUGAAUGUGACAAGUGUCAUAAGUGGCGGCUUCUUCCUUUAGGCAUGAGCGCAGGUUCCUUCGAAAAUAUGAAAUGGACUUGUAGCAUGCUUACUUGGCUGCCUGGGAUGAACAAGUGCAGUUUCACUGAGGAUGAGACAACUAAUGCUCUGUAUGCAUCGUAUAUACCCCUGGAUCCUGCUUCUAUGAUUCAGAAUAAUCAGCCACCUUAUCUAGAUGCAAAUGCGUCUGUAAUAGCCAGUGCCCCAAAUAUUGUUCUUGCCAGUCAAGCUCCUAGUUUUGAUGUUUUGCCCAGUGGAGGCAAAAAGAAGAAUUUGGUGAAAACAGAAAUAGAGGCAGCACGACGAAGUGGUGCUCAAGACUUGCAUCAUCCUGUCAAGAAGGAUCAGCAGCGCUCCGGUGAAAUAAGGAAUAUGAAGAAUCUUAAAAAACUUCCUUGGGAGUUGGAUUCUGUUCAGAAGAGUGGUGAUGGCAAGACAUCAAAUAUUGUUAAGAAGAGGGUAGCAGAUGUUGAGGCAUAUGGAGCUUCUAAGAAAAUCAAGAGAGUGCAUCAGCAACCUAUGGAAGAGUUUCCUAGUGUUCCACAGGAUUUUGUGAAGGGCAGCUCAAAAGAUUAUCCUGUGAAAGCUAAAGACAGGGCCCAAAAUGAUGUAACUUCCAAGGAUAAUGAGAUAUAUAAUGUGUCUGGGACAAAGAGAAAAUUGAAGGACAAACAGCAACGUGUUAAUCCUUCAGUAGAGCUUUCAGGCAAUGGAGAACACUUAGUGAGUAAUUGGGAUGCACACAGGAAAGAGAAGAAGUCAAAAUUUUCAAACUUUCAGGCAAUGGAGAGUAGUGCAGACAAGGGAAAACAGAGGACUCCGACUCUUGAUGCUAAAUCUAAUCUUGGUGGUUCUGGUGAUAGUGGGCGACGCAAGGGAGGUAUGUCGGAUGGCAUUCCUUCAGAGCAUUAUCAUAUGGACAGGGUUUCUCGAAAGACUCCAGCAGGUAGAACAUCUUCUGAAAUGGCUCUUGAUUUAGGUUUAUCAGACAAUGCAACCACCUCUAGCUCUUCAAAGAUUUCUCGCAAAGUUAAAUCAAAAGUGCGUGAAGUGAAAUCUUCUCCGGUUGGGUCAAUUUCAUCCUCUCCAAAAAAGGUUUCUCGGACUAAUCCUGAUAAAGGGACAAGUAAGAAAUCUUUGUUAUAUAGCGAUCAGCGGCUGAAAGCUGGAGCAGAAAGUGCUGCCAAUGAGUUUGCACCUCAUAUUGACGGGUAUAGAGAUAGAAGAUCUAACCUCUCUAGGAAUUCUGGUGUCUUGUCUGAUGCAGUUGAUGAGGAUCAAUUUGGUAAGAAAGUUUCAUCUGGGAGAUAUUCCCAUGCAAUAGAUACCCAACCUAAAAUCGAAGAUUACAAGGAUAGAGGUGGUAAAGCGGACAUCACAUAUGAGGGAACAUCGACUUCACAACAGAAUUUGGUUGCUGAAAGUCAGAUAAUAAAAUCCCCAAAUAAGUUGCAUUUUGAUGGAACUAAUUCUGUGAAAGGAAAGUCACAUAUUUCCAAGAUUGAUAGGGAAAAGGAAGUAUCAUAUAAUUUGCAUAGUGUACCUGAAAUUGGAGGUAGUGGAUCUAAUGGUGGGAGAGAUGAAGAUGUUAAUGGAAUUCCCUUCAGGCAGGUUGCGGCUGGUCGUGGUAGUUUGAGACAAACACAUCAUACUGGGCAAGUGCCCAAUGACGUUGAGGCUUCAAGUUCUAGAAACAAAGAUAACUUCCAUCGGGCUGCUAAAUCUGCGUUGAGAGAGGCAACUGAUCUUAAACAUUCUGCUAAUCGUAUGAAGGUUGCUGGGUCAGGUCUAGAAAGUACUGGCAUCUUCUUUCAGGCAGCACUAAAGUUUCUUCAUGGAGCAUCUUUGUUAGAACCUGGCAACAAUCAAAGUAGAAGUGGGGAGAUGUCACCAAAUGAUGUGUAUACCAGUACUGCAAGAUUAUGCGAAUAUUGUGCCCUUGAAUACGAACGAUGCAAUGACAUGGCCUCUGCUGCUUUGGCCUACAAAUGUAUGGAGGUAGCUUAUAUGAGAGUGGUAUAUAGUAAUGAUCUUGCUGCGAGCAGGGAUCGUCUGGAGCUGCAAAUGGCUGUAAGAGCUGCUCCUCAGGGUAAUGAGACUGUGGAGUCUCCAUCAUCAUCUGCUUCUGAUAUUGACAAUUUAAAUCAAGCUGCCAUAGAUACAGUCAAGGAUGGACAUUCUGCAAUGGAUCAUCGAAGUCAUGUUGUCUCUGCUGGAAACAGGCCAAACUUCAUGCGGCUGCUUGACUUUACGCAUGAUGUAAAUCUUGCAAUGGAUGCAUCCAGAAGGUCACAAAGUGCUUUUGCAGCCGCAAAGCCAAUCUUUUCACAGUCAGGGAAUGAACAUGGCAUAAAUUCUAUUAAAAGUGUUCUGGAUUUCAGCUUCCAUGAUGUAGAUGGUCUUUUACAUCUGGUGCGCCAAGCAAUGGAGUCUAUCAAGUCUUAAUGAUGAACUUGAACUCGCAGUUCCAUUCAUCAGAGCAGUGAAGCUGAGUUUUUCUAAGGGGAGCUAUUUCUGGUGCAUAUAUAUUUCAGAUCCCAAAUACCUUUUUUUUGGUGUAUGAUGUAAAGUCACUCAGUUUGCUUCAAAGCAUAUAUAGGAUCUAAACCAAAACAUGUAUAGAAGAUAAAAUGGGUAAUUGUGAAAGGAUUAUUUGACUGAGAUUAAUUGCAUAUCCCCGGAAACAACCAAGUUGAGGAGCAUGGGGGAUGUUCGUUUUUUGUACAUAUACAGUAAAAAAUUAUUUACUCAAGGAAAGCAGUUAACAUUUCUCUUUUGGGGUAUUCAUGCUGCCUUGCUACCAGCACUCGGUUGUGAGAACCAGCAGGUUUGAUCACUUGGUGCUGAAUUGAUUAAUGGCGGCAAUUUUGAAUAAUAGAAGAUGAGUACCCCUGGAGUGAUUUUUUUUUUCUUUUCCAUAGCCAUUUUUCCCAUAUAUUGAUACAAGUACAUAAAAGGGAUUUCUUUCUUCUUUUUUCUUAAGUUCUUUUUGGUAGACUUAGAUGCACAUAUCUUAUUUGGUUGGUGUUCUUGAAAUAACAUAUAUAUGUUUCUUAAAUCUUGUAGAGAGAAAUUAUUAGAGGAAAAGAGGGUUUUUAGUUCAGUUUUCUGGGGCAAAACUAUUUGUCAAAGGCUCUAGGAUAAACUACACAAAUUCCAAAUUGCCCCCUCCCCCCCAUGGAGUGUAAUUAUUAAAUAAUAUUUGGAAUAGAAAUCAUCUCUACUUUCAAUUUUUUGUGCUAAAAAAAA